AUGACGAGUGGAAAGACAGAUAUGGACCGUGUGGGUCUAUUCAAAGAGAUGGAAUAUGUUACCAUCAAAGAUCCGUACAAAGAAGCAUCUCGUUUUAAUUUCAACGAAGUGGCAUAUAAAAAUAAACAAAUGAUGAGUAAGAGUUCGAAACCACGAUCAACUGGCUCGAUGGCUGGCUACUUUGAUAAUGAAUUUAAAAUCUUACCGGGUUCAUAUAUCGAUCCUGUAUCAAUGCGUCGAAGAGCACGUAUGGAAGAAAAGAAGAAGAAUAUUGUCACUAGGCCAUUUGUCAGCAUGUAUCGAGCAAGAGAUCCAGAAGGUCUCGGCUCAUUCUAUGGCACUAUAGGCGGUCCUGUACAUGACUUAGAUCCAAGCAAAGCCAAAUAUAGAGAAGCAGAAAAACCCCAAGCAGAAAAAUCAAACUUCAAAGUAAAUCCAUCGAAAAAGGGAACAGGUUAUGGUUAUCCAAAUCUAGGUAUUGACAAAGAUCCACCAUACGCAUACAAGGAAAAAACAGAUAAUUACGAUGCACCACUAGACGCUCAACGGAAAGAAUAUGCUCAGCAUAAAUCAGCCACGAAAGCGGGUGUAUUCAAGUUAAAUAUGCAUCCAAAGGACUAUUUUGAUCGUAAUCCAUUCGGAGGCGAUGGUAAAUUUGUUAAAGGUCGUGGCGAGCCGAAAGAACGCUCGAAAUCAGCGCCAUCAGAUAGAAAACCAUUCCGAUACAGUUCACCUCCCAAAUCAAUUGGUGGCAAUAAAGACGGAUGUUUCGAUAAGUUUCCCAAACGUAGCGACAAAGAUCCAUACGCUGUCACAUCCAUGUUUACUCAAGUGAAAAAUGUCGUGAAUAAACAAGGUAAAACGUACUAUCCAAACAAAUAUCCGAAAAGUCGUCCGACUGACUCAGUUAUACAUAAAAACGUUGAUUUACAAAUCAAUCGACAGAAUUACAGACAAGCAGUUCAAACCUAUCAAGGAUUUCAGCUACCACCACCACCACCACGACAUGCGUCUGCUCAUUGA